GGACAAACUCACAAGCGCGGGAGUCGGCGGUGUCGGGACAGAUGGACAACAACACCGUGGAUGGCGCUGUAAUGAUGAGUUCCUCUGCGUGUGGGUACGCGAUAGACUUUGGCGAUGUUUUCCAAAAGAAGAACAGCAGCUCAUCCCGCGCUGCGUUGAUGACGUCGUCCCACAUUGGGAACAACGAAAACGUCCCCCCAGCAAACUCCCGCCAUGCAGAGAGUACGUUCCAUCCACCUCGCGUUGGUGGUACAAAACAAUGGCAACUACCGCAUUACAACUCCAUCGAAGAGAACGCAGUAUACCUGAACCGUCAGCUUGAACUCCAGCAGUACGGCGUCCACGACGCAUUCACGUCUCUCGUGUUUCGUGCGUCGUCGCAGGACGACGAUGCCGACAUGCGGCGCAUCAUGGAUUGCAUGCACUGGCUAUUACAUUCACGCCGCGAGGAAAUGCGCAAGUCAGACGAAAUGGCUGAGCAAUUCAUCCGAUACGAAAAGGAAAUCCAUCGGAAGAACAACCAGAUUCAAACAUUGACCGCACAACUUGAAGCAGAGCGCAAGACUUGUUCCGACUUGGAAAACCAGUUGACUGCAAAGGAUGCCGCGUACACCAAGGAGCGACUCCAGUUCAAGGAGGAGAAGCGGGCGCUCGAACGAAAGUGCAUUCAACUGACCCACGUCGACACCAACUACAAGGCGCAACUGCGCAAGAGCGAAGUCAGCUACGAACGACUGCAGAAGCAAUACAACGCGUAUUUGAACAAAGCCUCCACAGACAAGCGGGGCAUGGCGCUGGGAAAAGAGUUGAACGGAAAGCAGACGUGCCACCAAAUUCGCAACUCGACGUCGAACCAGUCCAAGACUUCUGGCGAGCACAAUAUCAUCAACACGAUGAUUCGGUCGUACGAGUCGCAACACUUGACACUUCUCCAAGAAAACGAUUCCCUGCGGGCGCAACUGGCUCAGUUUUACGCCGAACUCAAGCAAGCCAUGGCAGAGUACCGCGCGGCCGCCAAGUGGUUUCUUCACCGCCAUGGCAACGACAAUCAGCAAUGGGAUGACCAGCUGCAAUUGCCAGUCGUGGAUGAGUCGAAACUGGUCCAUGCAUUUACCAUGCCACUGCGAAACGGUCCUGAAAACGUCCUGAAUGUCCUGGAGGACCAUGUUUCGAUGCUGCGAUCGAAAAUUGCCUGCCUGAUGGAUGCGACACAAGACCGCGAACGAAGUGCUCUGGAAGCACGAUUGCAGGAAGCGUACCAGGUGAUGCGAGACCAAGACGCGAUGAUCCAAGUGGCACUCACACAGGUCGCGGCGCACGAGAAAGACCCGAGAAGCGCUCGACUGGACCUGAGCGGUUUGGAAGACAUGCUGGAGGAAGUUGCGUUGGAACGCCAAGAAAUUGCUAUCAAAGCGCAACAUAUGGAGACCGAGCGAGAGCAGUACAUGGUCCAGGCCGAACGGCUCGACAAGGACCGACUCGAGUUCGAGUUUGAACGUCACGCCAUGGUGACAAGGGGCGCGAACCAGGCGGACAUGUUUGCAGAAGGCGGCAAGAAACGGCUGCGCAUGGACUUGACACCAACGCAAAACACCCGCCGCCAAGAAUCGGACCAGUCGCCAUUUGGAUCGACCAGUGGAGGGUCUGGAUUGCCCCUUCCACCGACGCCGGCGACAGCGAGGCUGUUGGAGCGGAUUGGCAUCCUCCACGACGACCAAAUGAUGAGUCCGAUCGCAGCGCCGCGAGGGUAAAUGUUUUCACCCAUGGCCCCAACAUUUAGGUGGCAUCUCUAUUAUUUUAUGAACAACGUCACGCUGAGUGCCUGGGGCUCGUAUCUCUGGGUUCUUUGGACCGGGAAGGGGUUGAAACGGGGACAUGGGGCGUCUACCUUGAGAGGAAAAGGAAUAAAGGCAUGACAUCGUGUGCCUUCAGCGCAAUCCUUUUUAUCCCAGAAGUGCCGUCGAGGGGGUCGUUAGCUGCGAUGGGAAAAUGGGGUCGUACGAGGGACUUUGUCUGAUGUAGAGAACAUAAAUCAGUGUGAAGGUGGGCACGUGAUCACCAAUCUGCCAAGCACCGUGGCUGACGUCGUUGGCCUUGGACGACCACACAGAUGCAAUUCACUGGCACGUAACGAGGAUCCAUUGCACACUUCGUGUACCCUGUAGGUUGCCACAAAUGUCACGAGCUCAGAGCGCUCAACACAGCGCAUCCAAUCUGCGGAGGCGAUGCGCAAUACCUUCCUUCGGAUGCACUGUCGUCUCGAGCGACCAUUGUGGCAAGGACAAGAGCUGCCCCACGCGGCAUGCGAAAAAUGCGCGGCGGAAAAAAUCGACGGUGUUGAGACGUGUGGACGAACUGCACAAC